AUGAGGCAGGUAGCUGGAACCAGCGCUGGUUCCAGGCCCCUCCUCCGCGUCGGUCGCCUUUUCCCUGUCAACGGAGCAGAAGCUAAGAUGGAGGCCAUGGCGACCGAUAGGCGGGUGCGCAAUGAGAGAGCGACGACGAGUUUCCAGAGGAAAGGACCGGACGGCGGAGUGGGCCGUUUGGCGGUUUUGCCGGGCACGCGACCGUCGGUGCGGCACGGGCAGCUCCUGCUUUCCAGCGGGCUCCCUUCUCUGGACUAUGUGCUAGGUGGAGGUUUGGCAGUUGGAACCCUUCUUCUCAUUGAGGAAGAUGUAUAUGGUGUAUACUCCAAUCUGUUGUUCAAGCAUUUCCUUGCAGAAGGAAUUAUUUGUGGACAUAAUUUAUUUGUUGCUUCAGAUAAAGAAGAGCCUGCUGAUAUACUAAAGGAACUUCCAUCACCUUUGUGGAAUACUUCUGUCAAUGAAAUGGAAGAAGAAACAGCUAUUGUGUCCAAGCAUGAUUCUCAGGAAUCCAUGAGAAUAGCCUGGCGUUACCAGAACAUACCAAAAUUGGAGGUGCCCCAGACAGCCUUUACAAAAUUUGGACACUACUUUGAUUUAACAAAAACCAUGGCUCCAGAACUAAUCCAGAAUAUUAAGUGGAAUGGCUUUUUCCUUCCUAAAGAAGCUGAUUUAGGUCCUGAUAUAAAAGCCUGUAAUGCAGCCCCUGGUUAUACCAGACUGCUUCAUUCCAUUCGGAAGAUCAUUUAUGAGCAAGGAUAUGAUGGCGCCAUUCCCCAGAAAAAAACAAGAAACAUUUUGAGAAUUGGAAUCCAGAGCCUUGGUUCAGUACUAUGGGAUGAUGAUAUUUGUUGUUAUGAAAAUCCACAAAAUAUUCAUAGUCUCACAAAAUUUUUGUAUGCACUCCGUGGCCUUCUCAGAACAUCUUUGUCUACAUGCAUCAUCACUAUCCCAGCUCACCUAAUCAAGAAUAAAGCAAUUAUGGAACGUGUUACAAACUUGUCAGAUACGGUAGUUGGUCUUGAAUCAUUUAUCGGCUCUGAGAGAGAAACCAAUCCAUUAUACAAGGAUUAUCAUGGUUUGAUUCACAUACGCCAGAUUCCGCUGCUUAAUAGCUUGAUCUGUGAUGUCUCAGACAUGAAGGACCUUGCUUUUAGAGUGAAAAAGAAGCUAUUUAUUAUUGAGCGAUUGCAUUUGCCUCCAGACUUGUCAGACACAGUGAGCCGCACAAGCAAACAGGAUCUGGCAGAAUCCGCCAAAUUGCUGAGAUCAGGAUGUAGUGCUAUGGCCAUAGGCAAGAAGCACCUGGACUUCUAGUGAUUUCUACUUAGCAGUUUCACUCUGAUUUAUAUGACACUCUAAUUAUGACUGUUAAUGACUUAUGUAAAUAUUUUUCUUAAUUAUUGUGACCCAGUAGUACUUUUAAAAAAUCUAACUUGCAAGCUGUGUGCCUUAUUUUUUAUGUUUGCAAAUGUAGUGAUGGAUGUUUCUGCAGUAAACAAAUGUAUCCUGGAUUUUAAGGUAAUGUUAAAGCCUAAAAUAGGUUGCCAUUUUGCAGGAUAUUCUCUACCCUUUGAUUUUGCUGUUGAUAUUAAAGUUUAAGAGGAUGAGUAAGGAAGAAAAGGUAAAUGUUUACAUGCUUAACUGAGCAUUGGUGUAUUGUAAACAAAUUGUGAACUUUAAAUAAAAUCAUGAUUUUUUUAUCUUGGGUUAC